AAACACUUUGUCAGUGUUGUUUAUCGUCGACGUUUUCAGGUGAUAGCUCACCAUCAGUUCGCGCAGGCUCUAAACAAAAACACGACCCAGCUGCUGUUCGGUCUAUUGAAGAAGUACCGGCCCGAAAACCCGAGCGUCAAGAUCCAACGAUUGAAGGCUAAGGCUGAGGCCAAGGCCGCUGGCAAGGAGGAACCUCCGGCGAAGAAAACUAACCGCCUGCGGCAGGGCGCCAACACCUUCGUCAAACUAGUCGAGCACAAGAAGGCUCAGCUGGUUGUGAUCACUCACGAUGUUGUUACCAUUGUGCUGGUCAUUUACCUGCCGGCUCUGUCCCGAAAGAUGGGUAUCCCGUGCUGCAUCAUCAAGGACAAGUCCCGGCUGGGAACGUUGGUGUUCCGUAAGACCUGCACCUGUGUUGCUCUGAACCAGGUGGACAAAUCAGACCGCGCCAAUCUGUCCAAGCUGGUUGAAACCAUCAAAACCAACUUCAACGAUCGCUACCAGGAGAUCCGCAAGUACUGGGGAGGUGGUCUGCUCGGACCGGAGAAUAUGGUCUGCAUCACCAAGAAGGCUAAGGCUCGGGAACUUACUCAGAAGACGGUGGAAGUCGAAGAUUUCCCCCGCCCUAACCGAUAGCUGUUGUAAGAUAAGGACUCGUGCCGAAUUCUUUCGAUGUUGAAAGAAGACGACUGAUAGCUGUUCUAACUACCUGCAAUAAAAAUAUUUUUUGGAGUGUUGAAUGCACUGAUAAAUACAACAGAACAACACAUCAUACUAUCGCUCCAUGUUGUUGACUUCGAGAGUUUCUUUUGAAAUUCAAUUUCAUAUUGCGGAUUGCAAUAAUUUUUAGAAAAAGGUAAUACAUAUAUUCCAAUUCCUGCCAUUUCACUGAUUUUGGGUAUCAAAUUUUAUGUACGG